AUGCCUCAGUUAAGAUGCACGUGUGCCUUUAACCGACAGGCUUCCUCUAAGCGGAACAUCGAAAGCUUCUUGAAUGUCUCCGUAGACAAUCCUUGUUCUGAUCUGACCCCCUCACGAAUGAUAUUUGGAGGAAGGAGUGCCAAAGUCAGCGCAUGCAUGUCUGUGGGUGGAGGGAACUCCGCUGAUGAAGUUUGGGAAAUAGAGGGCGGACAAAGAGGUUUCAAGCGCGAGGCUGUGCGAAUCGGGAGCGCUCGCGCUCAACCAGCAGAUCUGGGAACUCACGGUGGGAGUUGGUGGCCAAGAGGUCGGUUCAGAGCAAUGUCUGUCAUACGAUCAGUCACAGAUGCAUCGUGUCACACAAAAAGCUGGCAGGUGCUUGUAUGGGUUGUGAUGUCUCUGCUGCCCCUUGUGGCAGGAGGCAGGUCAGGUUUCAGAACAGAAUCCGAGGUUGCGGUGGCAUUCAUUGGCGCUGGAGUGGAGGAACCGCCUAUAGAGACUCUUCCGGACAUUGAGGAGGACAUAGACGAGGGCAGUGACUCUCCAUGGCAGGGCCUGUUUGAGCCAUCUGUGUUUGUUGAGAACGACCAGCAGCCGGCUCGAUGGGAACGUUCCCCCCGGUCACCAGAUACCACCGACAUUCAGACCAAAGGUGCACGCAAGAAAAAGAAGAAAAAAGAGAAGGAAGAAAAGAAAAAGAAAGACAAAAAUAACGGGAGGCGGCACAGCAGUCGGGAAUGCCGUGUGGAAAAACGGGAGAUGCGCGUACGGGACCUGGGCAUGGGCUUUGAUUCGGACGAGAUUGUCCUUUUCAAGUUUUGUGUCGGCUCUUGCCAGAGGUCUCGUGGGAAUUACGACCUUGCUCUGCGUGCUCUGAUGGCCAACGGGAGUUUGCCGAAACGCACGGCCAGGAAGAUCAGCGCGCACCCUUGUUGCCGCCCGACGGCCUACGAGCCGGUCUCCUUCAUGGAUGUUACCACUACCUGGAGAACCAUCAAAUCCCUCUCUGCUACAGACUGUGAAUGUAUAGGAUGAGCCGAGCUGGAAGAGGGGAGGGGGAGCAUGACCUGAAGAUAUGGUGCAAUGCCCAAAGAGAAGGAGGAACAAGGAUGCCUCCCGUUACAGAGUUACAGACGAGGUCAGGAAAGGUUGGCCCUGCCACUUCCUGGAGAACCAUCAAAUCCCUCUUUGCUGCAGACUGUGAAUGUGUAGGAUGACCCAAGCUGGAAGAGGGGAGGGGGAGCAUGACCUGAGGAUAUGGUGCAAUGCCCAAAGAGAAGGAGGAAUCAGGAAGCCUCCCGGGCCAGAGUUACAGAACGAGGUCGGGCAAGGUUGGCCCUGGCUGAAAAGCUGCAAGGGAAUUUGAUUUGUCUUUGGAGGCUGUGAGGGAUUUCCAACAUCAGCCUAUGUAUACAGACUUUAAUAACGCCAAACCUCUGUAGAAAGGAUUAAAUGAGAUUGCAUCGAGUCAGAGAAGACGAGAGACAUCACCCAAAGUGGGAGAAUAGCUACUUUGUAGUUACUCUGUAAACAAAAACUACAUGUUAUAACUCGACUAGCAUUUGCUUACCAGGAUUUUCAUCAGGAUUGCGAGCCACACGAAAUCCUGAAUAGUUUGUCAAGCUCAUUUGUUGAUCCUGGAUGUCAGUGCCCAUUUUCUUGGUCUUUAAUUUGACAUGUUGCAUUUCAGCUAAAUUAGCAAACUUGUGAUCACUUGUUAUUUAACAGCAUGAAAUUGUUGUAAUUUCAAUGUAAUUGCAAAAUCACAUCUGGAGUAUUAUUAGAAGUUUAGCCCAGAGAAAACACAAAGGCCAGUUAGUAUUACCCUUUUAGCUGAAAGCAUUGAAGGUUGAUUGUAUUUACAGUAGGUUGUUGUCCAUUUCUCAGGAUUUUUACAAUACUGUAUUUUCAAUGCUUUUUGAUAGGAGCUAGUAAGAACAGAUGAUGUAACAAGUGGCCAUUUUUUGUUAAGAUUUAAAUUGUAUAAUAAUUGUACAGACAGAAAAUAUAGUGACUAUAGAUAAAUAUAUAUAAAUAAAUAUUUGAUUUGAUGCUUUACUUUCUUUAGCCACAGUACUGUUCGAUAACAUUUGUAAAUGCUGCAUCCAAAAGAGAUAGUUCAACCAAAAAUGAAAAUUUGGUCAUCAUUUACUCACCUUCAGGUCUUUUCCAAACUUGCAUGAACUUCUUUGUUCUGCUGAACACAAAGGAAGUAAUUGGAAGAAUGUCAGUAACCAGAUCUUAUCCCCCAUUUACUGCCAUAGUAGGGAAAACAAAUACUAUGGUAGUCGAUGGGGGAUGAGAUCUGUUUGUUUAGUGGCAUUCUUCAGAAUAUCUUCCUUUGUGUUUAGCAGAACCAAGACAUUUAUACAUGAGGGUAGGUAAAUUAUGACAGAGUUUUCAUUUUUGGGUGAGCUAUCCCUUUAAUAUGUCAAUACUAGCAUUAAGAUACACGUAGUCCAUGUAGAAAUUAAGUAAAACUAUUCUCAGACUUAGAUGUUGUUCCCGUUAGUGUUUAAUAAAUGAGAAAUAAGAAAUUAGUAAAAUUCUGUGGAGUCUAGAGAGUGCUUUACCGGACUCCGUUUUCAUCCAAAUUAUUACCACAAUGCAAUGCUCAUUUUUUCUUUUUUCCUAAAUGGAUGCCAUGCAUCCCUUUAAAAUUACUGUACACUUAACAGAUAUCAUAUUUAUUUUUUCAUUUAAGUUAUUUAUUUAUUUCUAUUUCUGCAGAUGUGUCUCUGGAUGUUUAUAUUUAUUACUGUUUAUACUUCGGCUUCUGUGUUGACUUCCUCUCACGAUGAACCAACAUGGAUAUAAACAAGGCCUUGAACAAGCCCUGAAUAUCACAUGCAGGGAAAGACAGAUAUUCGCCCUAAAUAUUAUGAUGGGACUUGUAGAUAUAUCUUCAUAAAUCAUGAUAAAAAGGUUUAUUGGGUAAUUUUUUUCCUCCAACAUGACUUGGUGGGAUGUGCAAACUUUAAUUUAUAAGGAAAUAGAAACAAUUUUCUUCCAAAAAAGUUUGACUAAUCCAUCUGUCUGCCCAACCUGCUUACCUCGAUGAGCUUUGAUGUUGUAUUCAGUUUAAUUAUUAAAAGCUGCUCGGAAAAGACAUUUAAAAUAUUGUCUUAAAAAGCUGAUAUCAAUAAAUUGCUUACUUCAGUAUUUUACAUGUUUUAUUUAUCUAUUGUUGUUGUUGGCAAAGUUACUCUUUAUUUUUGUAUUUCAUAUUUUCUGUAUAGGAAUAAAACUGUUUAUAUAUAAUGUGA